UAUUCGCUAUUUGUGGAUUCUGGAUCUCGUCUCGUCGAUGUACCAUAAACAAAAAUGUCAGCGAUCCCGAUUUUUUGUUUCUCGCUGCAUACCCCUCGUUAUACCUUAAUUAGAUCACACGAAUGAUAUAAAUUAAUGUUAGACGCUUUCUCUAAAGGUGUCGUCUUGUCCAAACGGCGUGUUUUAAGUAUUAAAUCGGCCAUAAUAAACGUGCGUUAAGUGUGCUUCGCGCCUGUCUACACCCGAUCUAUCUCAUUGUUUAUGUAUGGAGAGUAAACCUGGAAUUUUUAUUGCGUUUCGCGGUGAAGUUUAGUUUUAAUUAAAUAUCUGGAUAUAAUCGAGGUUUGUGACGGCCGGUCGUGGUGGAGGGGCCGCGGGCGCUGCGAGCGUCUUCGCGACCGCCAAGGUUCUUUAAGAUCUCUAUUUAUAAUAAUCUCUCGAUCGCUUGCUGCAGCAUAAUGACAUUCUUGUAAUGAAGUGCCGUUCCGUGGAUUUGUGGGACAUGUGCCAAUUAUUGCGCCCGUGACGAAAAGCGCCCGCGGAACAUUUUGUAUUUGUAUGUAUACAAUUUUUUAAUAGGUCUGUUUACUUAUGAACAUGAAUGGUGAUUGCUUGUUAUUACUGUCACAUUUUUAACAGUUCACUCAAGUUGGCGAAGGCACGUAGGGGAAUGAUCAAGGAGAAGGAGAAAGGCGGGGGUGCCCGCCUUAAAGACGAACCUAAUGAUCCUGCCGAACCUGGUCACGGAUCUCGUCCACCUUCUGCGUCACUGCCGACUCCAGCGGCACUAAAAAAGGAACCGGACGAACCGGCUCAUAGAGUUAAAAUGGAACCGCACAGCCAAGGCGGUGAAGACUCCAACGCCGACCUUGGUGUCGACGGUAUUAAGACUGAAAUUGACGGCCUCAUGGAUAGCGAUGGUGACCCCACCAAGUCUCCACAAUGUGAACUUGGCGGCCCUGGAUCACUUAAGUCAGAACGACUCUCAUCCGACUCCAAUGACAUUAUUGAUCCACAAACUGGCCUCCGAGGAUCGGCUGGAAAUUUGCAGGAUGGCAAUCAGAACUGUCGCAAUCCAAAUGGCCCGGAGAACAUGGGUUCAUGUCGCAUGGGCAAUACGGGCCCUAUGGGGCCUGGAGUGUCGAUGGGACCCAUGUCGAGCGAGGCGCAGUCAUUGCCUUCCAAUGUCAUCAGCAAACAGUCUGGGAGUAUGGAGCAGCAGAGUCAAAUCUUCGUUUUCUCAACGCUACUCGCAAACAAAGGAGCCGAGGCUGUAAUUUCAGGACAGCAUCAUUCCAUCAUUGCCUACCACUGCGCUCAACCUGGCACUAAAAAGUAUCUCGAGAAACAUCCACUAAAAAUGGGCCAAUUUAAUAAACAAAAUCCAGCACAAUGGCUCAAUAAUCUUGCUAUGGCUAAAAAUCGUGGCGGUAUGCGUGGAGGUCCGAAUAUGAUGGGUGGACCAAAUCAAAUGGGCCACAUGAUGGGCGGUCCCAUGGGCCCAAACAUGGGCCCUAUGGGGCAUGGUGGAAUGGGCCACAUGGGACCCAACAUGAUGGGCCCGAACCGUAUGGGUGGGCCUGGCAAUCAAAUGAUGAUGAUGAAAGGAGGGCCUGGACAAAUGGGGCAGAUGGGUCCGGGCAUGGGUCCGAUGGAUGGGUUUCCAGGGGGCACCCCGUCCUGUGGUGUCAUGGACGGCCUCGGUGCUGAUGGUGAAAUGCCCUGGGACACCAAAAACGCCUCCGUAAUGUCGAAUGGCAUGGCUAACGGUCCUUCACAAAUGCCUCCCUGCUCUGAAUCAGGCGGUGAUAACAACUCUGGAGAUAAUAAUCUUUCUUGCCAGCCUGGUCCAAAAGCUCUAGUUUCGUCCGCAGGCGUUAAGAUACCUGACGAGAAUCUGACGCCGCAGCAGCGAGCACACCGUGAGGAACAACUCGCGACCAUACGCAAGAUGCAACAAAUUCUAUUCCCAGAGAGUGGAAGCAACCCCAAUCAGCCAAACGAUGGCUCACAACCACCCUCUGAUAUUAAUCCUCCGAACUCAACUGCAAAUAUGAAUAUGUCUUUUCCUCCAAUGUCUGCGCAUGGACCAAUGGGAUCUGGACCUAAUGGACCUAUGGUAUCUAUGCAGAGUAGCAUGAGUAGUGGACCUAAUUGUACAAUGUCUGGACCCAUGGGCCCAAACGGGCCAAUGGGUCCUGGGCCUAUGGGACCAGGUGGUCCGAUGGGUCCCAAUGGACCUAUGGGAGGUCCUAUGGGUAAUAUGGGUGGACCUGGAAUGGGAAUGGGUGGUCAUGGAUCUAUGGGACCUAAUGGCAUGAUGGGUCCAAAUGGUCCAAUGAUGGGCGGAAUGGGGCCUAAUGGACCGAUGGGACCAAAUGGUCCAAUGGGGCCGAUGGGGCCAUGUGGAAUGAAAGGCAUCAGAGGUGCCUGCGGCGGACCAGAUAUGAAGUCUGGAAUGUGUACAGACAUGCAUAUGGGUAGGGGAUGCGGUGGGCCUAUGGGUCGUAUGCCAAAUCCUAUGGGUGGUAUGGGCGGGCCUAAACCUUGUAUGAUGGGUGGGCCACACAUGGGGCCCAGGAUGAUGCCAGGGCCAAAUCUGAAUAGUAUGAAUGGAGGUAUAAUGAUGGAAGGUGGUAUGAUGGGAGGCAUGGUCUCGCAUGGAGACUGCGGACCCGACCACCACAUGUCCGUCAACGGACCCAUGUGUGACGAAUAUGGACGCGGCAGAAAUAUGGGCCCGGGCGACCCCGGCGGGCUGGGUCCGGGGCUGGCGGGGCUGGGCGCGGGGCACAAGGCGGCGCGCAGUCCCAAGUCCCCGCCCGGAGACAUCGACUGGCAGAAGCUGCACCAUCAGUUCUUCGACGACAACAAGAACAUGGACAACGAACUCGGUACCCAAGUUAAAUCUCCGUGUUCAGAGCGCGGUGGAUGUCUGCCGCCUCCGCCAUACGGCGCUUCACCUUUACAUCGCUCCGCCUCUGUGCCUAUCGCCACGCAGUCCCCGUCGCAGGGCGCGGUGAUGCCGAUGUCGGCCGAGGCGUCGCGCGCCGGCUCCGCGCUCUCCAGCCCCGCGCACUGCAAGCAGAAAUCCGACGCGCCAGAGAUAUUAGAGAAAUUGGACGAUGGCGUUUUCGUCCGUACCCUCCAAUGUUUGGCGGCGCAGCAACAGAAGAACCAACAGGGCGGAUCGCAUUCGAAGGAACCGAGUUUGAUGCCCGUGCCAUCUCCGCAACAAAUAUCAUAUCUCAACCAGUUUGAAGGUCAAGAGUUAACGAUACAGAAACAGCCUAACACCUCGUUGAAGGAUAACGGACCGCCGUCAAACAGUGGCGGGCAAACGCCACAGUCCAAUUCGAAUCAAAAAUCACCUGCUGGCAUGAUGCCGGGCACGCCGGAGCCGCACUCGUCCCUGUCCGAGCAGCGAGCGGGACGGUUCUCUAUGGAACAGAGCCCCGGCUUCAACAACCCGCAGACGCCCACAUCAGCCGCCUCGAGUACCAAGUGCGGCCAGGACGAAAAAUCCCGGCCAAGUCCAUCAUCGAACCGAUCGAGUCAAGAUAGCGCGUCAAAAACACCUCAGCGAGAGGGUCGCGAGGGUCGCGAAGGUCCUUCACUCAGCCAGGGCCCCUACGCACCGUCUUCCACCGCGAAGAGUAGCUGCAGUGUUGUCUCCACUCCUUCACACUCUGACGACACAAUGGCAUCGAACACGGAGGUAUUGUAUGAAACGACGUUGUCGGGUGGUCCAAAUAGUACAAGUUUACCGGGUCCGUUCCCCGGUCCAUGCAGUAUGAACAGGCCAGACAACAUUCCCAUCAAUCCGAACCAGGGCCCGAACGGCCCCAUGGGUACUUCCACGUCAUCCUUCGAUCCAAUCUCGUCGCUUGCACAGAUGUCGCAACAGCUAACAAAUACAGUGGGCGGUGGGGGGCCAGGACCUGGUGGACCCAUGGGGCCGAAUGGUAGUGGAAUGGGGCCUUUCGGUUCAGGACCACAUCACAUGCAACAUCAUCAUUCUAUGCAUCCGCAUGGGCAUCCUCACAUGAUGAUGAACGAUUUAGGUUGUCAUAUGGAUAAUAUGGGAGGUCCGGGAAUGGGUGGACCAAUGGAAGGAAUGAUGAGUGGUGGCGACUUUCCACCGGAUAUGAAUCUGAGUCCGAAAAUGGGUGGAGGGCCCAUGGGUGGGCCGAUGGGUCCGAUGGGACCUGACGCAUCCAUGAUGGGACCGCGAAUGGGUGGUGCUGGAAAAAUGCCCCCUUUCAAUGGCGCGAACGUUCAAGUAAAAGCAAGCGCGCCUAACACGAUACAGUAUUUACCGACGAGGCCACAAAUGCCAUGCAAUACGGGACCCAGAGGACCACCUAGCCUGGACUUCCUACAGCGAGUCACGAACCCCAUGCAGAUGGAUAGCAGUAAAGGUGUACAGUAUUUCCCCGGUGCGAGAGGAAUGGAUAUGGAGGGUGGUAUGCGAGGCGUGAUGCGAGCGCCGGGGAUGCUUCGUAUGCCGCACUACCCGGCGGGAUUCAACUCGCCACCGAAAAUGGCGGGUGACCCGUUCGGCGGACCCGGCCCCAACCCGAUGUGCGGACCCAACUUCCGCGGCGUGAAGGGCGGCAUGGGCCCCGGCAACGUGCGAAUGGGCGCCGCACAGCCGCUGCCGCCGUCGAUGGGCGGCCCAGGACCCGGGUUCAAGGGGCAGGGCUUCGCGGUCCCGUCCACGGCGGACCCCAAUUACGCGGCGCAGUUUCACAACUUCCAGCAGCAGCUGUACGCGACAGGCAGCCGCGGCGCCCAGCCGCACCAGGGCUACCCCCCCUACCAGCCGUCCAAGUGAUGACCGGCCGCGUCGCCCCGCUGCGUGCGGCCCGCCCGAUGCUGAUCGCCCCCGACUCCCCGGCGGCGACUUCGCGAACGUACUUAAAUGUAUUCAUAAUACGUCAGUGAAACGAGAGAUCAAAUUAUUUCGUUAGUGUCCUUAGUUAGUCCGUGUAUUAUUGUGAGAUUUUUUCGAUACCGGGAGAUCGAGUUUCGUGUACUAAUUUCGUUAGCUCUAAUAGCAUACUGAUUUCGCUUUAGUUCGACGAUCUAGGUUUCUUGACUGAGUACGAGUUUUAUUUUAGCGAAUGCGGAAGUUUGUACAAAUUGUACAAAUUUAGAUGUGUUAACGUGUAGUCUACAUAAUUUAAAGUACAGUUUAGGCAUAUUUUUGCAUAUGGCAAUAAUAUAGUUUUAUAUAUUUUUUUUUUAUAAACAGACAUGCCAGAAUUUCAGUGUAUUGGUUCCUUUACUUAGCUAUUUUUUUAUAUAUGAUUCCUAUGCACACAGAUAUCUAGUCAAUUUUGAAAUUAAUGCCUGACCUUGUGUUAAAGUGUAUGUGUAACCGUCGAGUCCACAGCUUUGUCACCUUGAAUUACACGGAAGUACAUAAUUGUUAUGUUACAAUAUUUUUGUCCAUCUUAUCUUAGGUUUAGAUUUUCGUUGUAGGGAAAUUGGUUUAAUUUAAUUAUUUUGGCUGAGUGGCCAGUAUAGCACCUGGAAGUUAAUAUACUAGUUUAUUGUUUUAAUGAAUAUUUAAUUCGUUUUGAUCUGAUAGCAAUGUUUUUCUGUCUUCCAUAUCUAUUAACUCAAGCGUAAUAUUCUUUUAUUUAAUUACGUUCACGUAAGAGAGGUUACAAGUAAUUUGUUUUCUUGUUAAAAAAUAAACAAGUUCGAAUUAGCCUUACUUUUUAUCAAAGUACUUAAAUUCUGAUGCCAUAUUAUUUGCCACAUGAAUUUUUUUCGUGAUAUUUUAAACUGUCUUAUUUAUUUUAUUAUUUCAUCGAACAAUGCCAAUAUAAUUUGUAAUGCUACACCUUAUAGUACAUAGGGCAUGUAAUAAUGCUAGGCUAGUUAGCACAUUGUGGAUGUCACAGUGGCCUUUUGUAAUGCCUUUUUUUACGAAGCGAUGAACCCCGAGCACACGCGCAUAGUUUGCUCACAAAAUCUGAAAUCCUUAUGAGAUUAAAUAUUAAAUACACAAUAUAAACAAGCAACGACACUCGACGCACCGUUUUUCCUUAUCGGGAAUAUAAGCCUAACUUGUGAAUAUGUUUAUUUUACAUGUAGAACAGUAAAAGUAGCACAAAAUAUCUAUUUAUAGUUGGGUGACGUUGCAUGUUAAUAUUGUUUCUACCUUAAGAAAAGGGCGUGGCAAUCUUGCGAGAGUAAAGCACAACAGUCCAGUAAGAAACACCCGCUAGAAUUUAGAUAGUCUUAAUUUAAUUGUAAUUAUAAUGUAAGGUAAAGAAUGGUUCUUGUUUUAGGAUUAAGUGAAGAGCAAUGAUAUAAAAUAGUUUGUGUAAUAUUAAAAUAAAUUAAGAGAAGAAAUUAAGAUGCAAACUAUUGGUUGUGAUUCUGACACAAUUUGUUAAGUUGUUCGUAGAUUUGUCACAGAUUAUUGUGGAUUGUGGAAACUUAACUUACUUCAUGAUAAGGCCCUUUUAUUUUUUGUUUUUUUUUUGACAUUUUUUACUUGUCGUUCUCGUUUGUACAUCGCUAACAAUAAUUGUACAGAGUACUUUUGGACUUAAUUUAAGGCGAUAAAUGUAUUUAUUUUAUAACUCGUGAUGUAAGAAUUUAUUCUUAAUUAUUAUUAAAAAAAAAUAUAAUAUGCU